GUUCUUUGCAUUACCAGGGCUGGCUCCUGCACGCUACAAAACAGACUCUCUGAGAUACACACGGGGAAGGACUGCAAGUGGACUGUGCAGAAGUUUCUUUUGGCAGUAGAGGUCCUUCAUAACUAAGACCAGGACUCAUUAACCUACCAAAGGUGACUCGAAUCUUUUUACAAAUCCAAAGAACAACAUGGCUGACCACAAAAUCAGUCUCCCUGCUAAGCUGAUUGACGGUGGUAUCGCAGGGCUGGUGGGGGUGACGUGUGUGUUUCCCAUCGACCUGGCAAAAACACGGCUGCAGAACCAGCAGGGACAGCGCCUCUACACAGGAAUGUUAGACUGCUUGGUCAAAACAGUUCGACAGGAAGGCUAUUUUGGAAUGUAUAGAGGUGCAGCAGUGAAUCUCACUUUAGUGACUCCAGAAAAGGCGAUCAAACUGGCUGCAAACGAUUUUUUCCGAAAGCUGCUGUCUAAUGACGGAAAAAAACUUACUCUUUUUAAAGAGAUGUUAGCAGGGUGUGGAGCUGGGACCUGCCAGGUCAUUAUUACCACACCUAUGGAAAUGCUCAAAAUCCAGCUCCAGGAUGCAGGUAGACUAGCCGCCCAGAAGACUGUGUCCACAGCCGGUGGCUCUCCUCCCCCCCAGGCCCGAGCAUUCUCCACCAGCACAUCAGCUGUCCACAGGCGCCCAUCUGCCACUAUGCUGGCCAGGGAGCUCCUGAAAACCAAAGGGAUCAGCGGGCUCUACAGAGGAAUCGGCGCCACGCUGGUCAGGGAUGUGCCUUUCUCCAUGAUCUACUUCCCCCUGUUUGCCAACCUCAACAGGCUGGGGCAGAGAAGCCCUGGGGAGACGGCCCCCUUCUAUCACUCCUUCCUAGCGGGCUGUGGAGCUGGUGCUGUGGCAGCCGUGGCUGUGACCCCUCUUGACGUCAUUAAGACUCGUUUACAAACCCUCCGAAAAGGCGUGGGAGAGGACACCUACAGAGGAACUGUGGACUGCGCGAGGAGAAUCUGGCAGCGGGAAGGGUACUCUGCUUUCUUGAAAGGAGCUGGGUGUCGCGCUCUGGUCAUCGCACCUCUGUUUGGGAUUGCCCAGGUGGUCUACUUCUUAGGCGUCGGGGAAUAUCUCCUGGCCAAUCUUGGUUAGAUACCUCCCUGAAUUAAAUCCUGGCUCAGAUUGGAUCCGUUCAGAGCAUAGUGCUACCAAAGAUACUGAACACUUCACUAGAAAGAAUCUGCACAUCAAUGGCUUUGCUACUUUCAGAGCUUACAAAAUCCACCUCUAUUUCAUUGUGAAACUGUUACUUGGAAGAUACUGGUUUAUAUAACAAAAAGUCUUUACUAUAAUAAGUCUCAAUAUAGGAACUUUUUGUUAAUCACCUUACUUUAAUUGCAAAUGUUAAAGCUCUCUGUGCUUUGACAAUAACAGAAUACCAUACUGCCACAUUAUGGCUUGACCAACGUUUUAAUAAAGUAUUAUAGUGUAACCUUAUCACUGAUCCCUUUACUGUUGCCUGCAACAUCCAUUUGUUCAGUGCUUGUUUGUUUUUUACUUUUUCGAUAUGCAGAUUUUUCACGUCCCAUGUUGUGGCUUAAAACAAGCAAAGAUCUUCAGUACAACAGCGAUCAAUGAUUAAGUAGCUAAUCUACAGGUAGUGGACAAAAAAAUGGAAACACCAAUGUAAAGUCACUUAAUAGGGCGUUGGGCCACUAUGGUAUCCCGCUCUGUGGAGUUCUCGGCGGACCGUUUUUGAUGAAACUGGCUGCUCGCGCCCCAGGUUGAAAUUUGCAGUCAAUUGAUCUGAAGUUGCUCGACUGUUUUGCCUUGCACUUCAAAUUAAUGCACGGAUAUCACGAUCCUGGAGUAUGCGCUUCCGCCCACUGUUGCCCUUUGCUGAUGAUGUAUUUCCCUCGGAGUUCCAUGCCGACAUCACCUUAGACACCGUUGCUCGUGAAACAUCAGCAAGUUGAGCUGUCUUGGUCACUGAAGCUCCUGCCAAACGCGCCCCAACAAUCACCCCUCUUUCAAAGUCACUGAGGUCUCCUCUUGCAGCCAUGCUAGCCAUAAUUAUAGGCAACCAGGCCUGUCCAGCAUUUUUUUUUUUUUUUUUUUUUAAUUUAGUCGUUGCCAAUUAGUUUUUAUUAUUUUCUCCCCAAUUUGAAAUGCCCAAUUAUUUUUUAGGUUCAGCUCACCGCUACCACCCCUGCGCUGACUCGGGAGGGGCGAAGAUGAACACACGCUGUCCUCCGAAGCGUGUGCCGUCAGCCACCCGCUUCUUUACACACUGCGAACUCACCGUGCAGCCGCCUCAGAGCUACAGCGUCGGAGGACAACGCAGCUCUGGGCAGCUUACAGGCAAGCCCGCAGGCGCCCGGCCAGACUACAGGGGUCGCUGCUACGCGGUGAGCCGAGGACACCCUGGCCGACCUAACCCUCCCUCCCCCCGGGCGACGCUCGGCCAAUUGAGCGCUGCCCCGUGGGAGCUCCCGUCCACAGUCGGCUGUGGAAUUGUCUGGACUAUAGAGCGCGUCCUGCACUCUCUGUCCAGCAUUUUUAAACAUGACCCUAAGCAUGCUGGGAUGUUAUUUGCUUAAUUAACGCAUGAGCCACACCUGUGUGGAAGCCCUUGCUUUCAAUAUACUUGGUGUCCCUCAUUUACCCAGGUGUUUCCAUUGUUUUGUCCACGACCUGUAUUUCUUAUUCUUAGCUCACUCUGCUGUACCUGAUGUUCUUGAGACAUGAUUCCGAGAGCUCUAUUUAGGCCACUAAUGACUGAACAGACAUGAUACAAAGGGAAUCUAUGCAACAAGAAUAUAUUUGUUAAGGUGCCUAGGAUAUUUCAAAAUCUGUAUGAACUUUCAGUUAGUACAGAAUUGAAGUUUAAACAUUAAAAAAAAAACGAAAUACUGUAGCUAUCAUUUACUACAAUAAAUCAGCAAACUGACAUUGACACUAACAACAUGUAUUUAACAAAGUUAUUUUUCUGAUAGUAUUGUUUUGUCUGUAUAUCUGUUGAAUAAUGUUAGGAAAGUUAGGGGAAAAAAAGUCUAAUCCAGAAAAAAAAAAUUGUGCUUGAUUAUAUGUGCUGGUUAACAGUUGUAUAAUGACACUUUGAAGCAGGCUACAUGUAGUUUACUUUAGUUUUUAUAAGCCAUGUAGAGAGUCACCAUGGGUUAUCAGGGUGUCAGAGUCCAAUAUAAAUUAUACUAAGGGCUCCACAGAAUGAAAGCCAGCAAACCAAUUGCAAUUGCAUUAAAUGUAUUCGAAGUGUAAUAGUGUAGUAAUUAACUAAACAAAAUCCUGUGUGCAGCAGUGAAAUACAGUACAGUAAGAAAAUCAAAGUGUACUAAAAAUGAUAUGCAGCAAUCAGCCAUGGCAAUCCAGGACCUCAGUGUAACAGUGCAUUGAUUUGGAAAUACAGUGGUAUGGGGAUGGUGGUGGCCACAUUUGUAAUGCAUAGUUAGUUUGCUUUCUGUUAAAGGUGCAAAGCCCCAUACUCCCUGUCCUGUAUUUAAGUUAAAAUUAAAAUCUGAUAAUUGUGAAACUGUUUUAGACUGUUGUAAAGGAGCCAACGACAGCAGAGAAAGUAAAAAUGUGUUCUUUUGAAAAGAGGGAGGUUAAAAAAUGAAUGUGGUAUACAUUUCAUUAGGAAAAAGUAGCUUACAUUUUUCUUUUUGGUGUUCCGUUACUUUUUCAUAAUGUUUGCAAUUAUUCUUGGUGGUUCUUAGUGACUACACAAAUAUAUUGUUUUAGGUGUUAAGGUUUAACUUUGAGUUGUAGUUGCCUGUCAUGGACAUAUGUAAUGCAGGCUAGAUCAGCCCAAGUGUGUCUAUAUACUGUAUUAGUAAGCACCAUCUAGUGCACAGCAGUGUAUUGCCAGCAAAACUGAAGAUCAUUUAGUAAGUAUUUGAUUACCUUUGCUCUUCUGCUGAAGAGGAUCAAUGUUCAAAUUGUAAAUGACCUCUUUUUGAGUUUUCAAUUAAGGGUUUAUCAUUGAAAUCAAUAUAUUUUGAUUGUCUUAUUUGUAAUACAGUGCCGUUUUCAGAACGGUAAAAGAAACAUGUUUUUUUAAGUACAUUUGCAGCCGGUGUCACAGACCGUGAUUAACACUGAUCUUGAAUUAACAUACCUAAAAUAACAGGAGAGGAUCCAGGUCAAUCUGUGAUAUCUGCUGCUUAAACCCAGGGGAGCUACACCAGUUACUGAGACACAACAAGGUUGUGUCUAGUUCUCUUCAGAGAAAAGGAUACUGGUGUGUGGCUACAUUUAUAUUGAAAGUAUAUUGCGGUAUGAAUGACUGUCUUCAUUGCGCAAUUUAGAUGAAAAACUUUUAACUCAAUUUCAUUUUAGAUACAGAACAGUUGUGCUGAAAUAUACAUAGAUGGUACAAGCUUUUUCACAGUGCUAGCAUUUUUGUAUUU